CAGUGAGCGAACGGCGCGGUGCGACCUUCUUUCUGGGAGACAUUAAAUAUGUGUGUACGUAGGCAGUUCCGCGUGAAGCAGUUCGCAGUCUACGCCGGUUCUCGUCUCACGGAGUGGCAGAGAUAAGAAGAUGGUCGCAAAACAGAGAAUUCGCAUGGCUAACGAGAAGCACAGCAAAAACAUCACUCAGAGGGGUAACGUGGCAAAGACUAUGAGAAAUUCCCAGGAUGAAAAGGUGUCGGUGGGACCCUGGUUAUUGGCGCUGUUCAUCUUUGUGGUCUGCGGUUCAGCGAUUUUCCAGAUUAUCCAGAGCAUCCGGAUGGGCAUGUAAUGUAGAGGCAUCUCUGCCUUCAGGCUGCCUUGCUGUGCAGUGGAGUCCCAGCAGUGUGUACUCGACAUUUUCCAACGGUUAUGCCAACAGGCUGAGAUGAAGACCGACUGCCUGAUGAUGGUUGACCAACUUUCUUUUAAUUCUCAGGCUUUGUAACUAGCAGGUUUUUUUUUUAAUUCGUGCCUUAAAUGAAACAAUUGAAGCCAAACGGUUUCUACAUUCUGCAUUCCAGUCUGGAAUUUUGGAUCAAAUACUGUGAUUCUUUAUUAUUGCUGAAUGGCUUAAAGCCAUUCAGAAGCUGAUGAUCCCCAUUCCAUUUGUAAGUCCUGUUUGUCUUCUAUGCACAUGAUUCCAGCUUAAUCACACGUAGUGUCCUCUAUUUUAAACGUUUAUUGUAUAGGUUUUGUUUUAUUCCCUGUGUUUGGCUGCUCUUGUUUGUUCCCGACCAAAUUCUGGCUGGACUGGAGGCCCAUGAUGGAAGCCUGGGACAAGCUUUGGGGAAAAGUGAUUUCCUUCCACAUCAAUAUACGAAAUGUACUAUAAUUGUGUGUCUUCAAUAUUUAUGCUUCUUGAUUCUGUGGCAGUUGUCAGUCACCGUUUCAUGUAUGUCCAAUUUUCUGUACAUUUGGGGGUGGGAAACAGUCUCAGGCACCAGAUGUGUCCGUCUUCCGUCGUUUAACGAUUCUGCAGUUUGUGCGGCUGGAGGUGACAGCCAGCUUCGGGGGGGAGGGGGGGGGGUAGUGUUGGAAGGCAAAUGUCACAUACAAAAUAAAGCCUGCAUUUUCUGCCAAUUGAAACAAAUAUGUUGAAGAUGGUGCAUGAGUAGAACAGUGUCAUGUUACUUAUCAAAUUAGUGGAUCCAAACUAUGGAUUACUGCCAAAACAAUUUAUGAAAUACAUCAGCUUUGUGGAUGAUUGACUUAAUUUUAAUAUACAAAGUACUUGUA